UUGAAGAAAUUUGGUCGUAGAAUCCUAUGAUCCUAAGAUCUCGAUUCGCGAAAGCAAGGCUCAGCCGCACAGUAAUAACCCCUGAUUACCGGUGAGAGCCAAGCAUGUCCCGCGAUACAAAGGGGCCAAAAUGGCUAGCUUGUGUACACUAGGAUACUUUGAUUGGCUACAGGCAAGGGCGGUCGAUAAACCACCAUGCAGUGAUCGGACACCUGCUUACGGACUCGAAAUGAUUUGUGCCACUUGAAAUCGCGCAUGACCGCGCGACGAAAUCCAUAAGUGCAGACCUUAGGCCCCAACUCGUGCUUACCUUCUCAAUCCACUCGGCACGCGACAUCGCUCGCGCGUACUCAAGAUGUCUCCAAACCACCUCUUCGCACGGCAAACUCCCCAACCCCUCGUGCCAAAUCUCAGGCAACCCACUGCAGCAAUCGCGCUGUCGACAACCUUCACACCGCCGGCAUCAUGCGCGCUGCCCUCACAGAUCAACAUCCUGCCCUCCCCCGGCUUUCUGAUCUGGUGGAACGAGCCCGUACCAUACAGCAGCGUGACAGUUAGCGACUGCUACCCAAGCGAGUUCCUGCGCUCGUACACGUCCAUUGCGCCGACGAGCGCACGCGCACUCGGAUCUUCGAUCGUGCCGGCGAUGAGCCCACUGGUGUGUCCCGAGAACUUCUGCACGCAGUACGUAGGUGACAACAACUACGUCGCAUGCUGUCCGACGGGGUACAAUUUCCAGACCACAGGGACACCAGUCGUUGCGUCGCGGCCGGCGUAUGGCGGCAUUUGCUACACAAAUAUUCCAAUUAGUCAGGAGUUGACGGCCGUGGUGUAUGAUUCCACAGGGUCGGCGCAUCAAGAGAUUUGGGCGCCGAGUACGACGGGUGCGCAGGGCUGGGCGCAUCCAAUUGAUGGGUGGGCGCCGAGUAAGCCAGUGAUCGGAUGUGGGACUAAGGCCUCGAUAAGGACGUUAUGGGGUUCUGCUGCGUCUCAUCUGACAACUGCGGAUAGGAGUCUGUCGUCAGCGCAUGCCUCCACGCAAUCGCUGGCAGUGUCGAGUAGCGUUUCGUCUGCGAAGAAGAAGACUAGUGGUGGCGUGAUCGCUGGUGCUGUGUUGGGAGCGCUUGUUGCGCUUGCUGCAAUCCUAGGGCUGGUGCUGUUGUUGUUGCGUAGAAGGAAACGUGCGAGCCAGGUGACGGCUGCUGGGGAGCAGAAGUCGCGGAGCGAUGACGGCACGCUAUAUCAGACUGACGGCUCCCAGAUCCACCAGAAGGAUGGAGAUGACGCUCGCGUGGAAGUGAAUGCUGCGGCUGCUCCGACUGCCCCGGCUGAGUUAGGUUCAAAUGGAAGAGCCACAGCUGAGUUGGGUUCAAGUAAAACCGCCAAUGCUCAUGAAUUAGGGACUGGCACAAAUCAAGUCUCUGAGCUGCCAGCCGGGAAUGAUGGGCGGGUCAACCAGAGGUAGCGUCCGUUGUAUCGAGAGGCAUGAGAAGGCUCAUUGGGAUGGUCUGCAAGCUUCAA